AUGAUCGAAUCAAAACCUGUUGGUGUUUCACCGACAAAACCAAAACUACAACCAAACUGUUUUAACCUCUCUCAAGGGAUUCUUCAAGCCAAAGACUCUUGUCCAAUCCUCUUCGACGUUCCUCAAAACCUAACUUUCACACCGUUUUCAUCGUCUCACUCCAUUUCCACCGAUGCUCCUCUCUCAAUCCUCCUCCGUGCUCAAGCCAACUCUCACAAAGGAGGGUUCCUCGGCUUCACCAAAGAUUCACCUUCUCAUCUUCUCACAAACUCACUGGGGAGAUUCGAAAACAGAGAUUUCGUAAGUGUUUUCCGUUUCAAGAUGUGGUGGUCCACGUCUUGGAUCGGAAAAUCCGGGUCGGAUCUUCAAGCCGAGACUCAAUGGGUGAUGCUAAAGAUUCCUGAGAUUGAUUCUUACGUUGCUAUAAUACCAAUCAUUGAAGGGUCUUUUAGAGCUGCACUUAACCCUGGUGAAAAAGGUAAUGUCUUGAUCUCUGUAGAGAGUGGUUCUACUCAAGUUAAAGAGUCAACUUUCAACUCCAUUGCCUAUGUUCACAUCUGUGACAGUCCUUAUAACCUCAUGAAAGAGUCUUUUAGUGCACUUCGUGUUCACAUGAACACUUUUAAGCUUCUUGAAGAGAAGAAGCUUCCGAAAAUAGUCGAUAAGUUUGGCUGGUGUACUUGGGAUGCUUGUUACUUGACUGUUGACCCUGCAACAAUUUGGACCGGUGUUAAGGAGUUUGAAGAAGGUGGGGUAUGUCCUAAGUUCAUCAUCAUUGAUGAUGGUUGGCAAAGUAUAAGCUUUGAUGGUGAUGACUUAGACAAAGAAGCAGAGAAUCUUGUUCUUGGUGGAGAGCAGAUGACUGCGAGGCUUCAUAGCUUCAAGGAAUGUAACAAGUUUAGAAAAUAUAAAGGUGGAUCCUUUUUAGCAUCUGAUGCAUCUCACUUCGAUCCUCACAAACCUAAGAUGAUUAUAUACAAAGCGACCGAGCGGAUUCAAGCGAUUAUAGAGAAAGCGAAGCUGAUUCGUGAGUCUGGUGAACAAGACCUACACCAUCUUGAUGAAAAGAUCAACAAGUAUAGCGAGGAACUCAAAGCAAUGCUUGAUGAUGUUGAGAAAGAAGAGUCUUUGGGUUCUGAGGAUGGAUCAGGCUCAGGUAUGGAAGCUUUCACAAGGGAUUUGAGGUUAAGGUUUAAGGGUUUAGAUGAUAUAUAUGUGUGGCAUGCUCUAUGUGGUGCUUGGAAUGGUGUUAGGCCUGAAACCUUAACACAUUUGAAGACAAAGAUUGUUCCUUUUGAGCUUUCUCCUGGUCUAGAUGCUACAAUGACUGAUCUUGCAGUCGACAGGAUUGUGGAAGCUGGGAUUGGUCUUGUUCAUCCUUCUAAAGCUCAUGAGUUCUACGAUUCGAUGCACUCUUAUCUUGCUAGUGUUGGAAUUACAGGGGCCAAGAUUGAUGUUUUCCAAACCUUAGAGGCAGUAUCAGAAGAACAUGGAGGAAGAGUGGAGCUUGCUAAAGCUUACUACGAUGGCUUGACCAAAUCCAUGAUUAAGAAUUUUAAAGGAUCUGGAAUUCUUGCUAGUAUGCAACAAUGCAAUGACUUCUUCUUCCUUGCCACAAAAGAAAUUUCUAUUGGAAGAGUUGGUGAUGACUUUUGGUGGCAAGACCCACAUGGUGACCCACAAGGUGUGUAUUGGCUACAAGGAGUACACAUAGUUCACUGUGCUUACAACAGUAUCUGGAUGGGUCAAAUGAUUCAACCAGAUUGGGACAUGUUCCAAUCAGACCAUGUUUGUGCCGAGUACCAUGCCGCGUCUCGAGCCAUCUCUGGUGGGCCAAUCUACAUCAGUGACCAUCUUGGAAAAGCCUCGCAUAACUUUGAUCUCAUCAAGAAAUUCGCUUUCCGCGAUGGCACCAUCCCAAAAUGUCUCCACUAUGGUCUUCCCACUAGAGAUUCUCUCUUCAAGAACCCUUUGUUUGACAAAGAAUCAAUCCUCAAGAUCUUCAACUUCAACAAGUUUGGAGGAGUAAUUGGAGCAUUUAACUGUCAAGGAGCUGGUUGGAGCCCAAAGGAGCAUAGGUUCAAGGGAUACAAAGAAUGUUACAAGGCAGUUUCAGCAACAGUUCAUGUCUCAGACAUCGAGUGGGAUCAAAACCCAGAAGCUGCGAGUUCUCAGGUCAGCUACGCCGGAGAUUAUUUGGUCUACAAGAAACAAUCCGAGGAAAUCAUUUUCAUGAACUCGAAAUCAGACCCGAUGGAGAUAACCCUAGAGCCAUCCUCGUUUGACCUAUUCAGUUUCGUGCCGGUCACGGAACUUAAAACGUCAGGGGUUAGAUUUGCACCUCUAGGUUUGAUCAACAUGUUCAACUGUGUGGGAACAGUUGAAGAGAUGGAGGUUAGUGGUGAUAAUGUCAUUAGGGUUGAGGUUAAAGGUGAAGGAAGAUUCAUGGCGUCUUCGAGUUGUGCUCCAAAGAUGUGUUACUUGAACAACAAGGAAGCUGAGUUUAAGUGGGAUGAUGAAACUGGUAAACUCAGUUUCUAUGUUCCUUGGAUUGAACAAUCUGGUGGCAUCUCUCAACUUUCUUUCAACUUCUGA